AACAAACAAAAAUCAUUAGAAAAAAAUGAAAAAACUUCUCUUGAUCUUUCUCUCUUCCUUUCUCAUUGUCCAAUCCGUCCACGGGUUCGAUUACCACGACAACGAACUAGAGAGCGAAGAGAGCUUAUCAAAUCUCUACGACAGAUGGAGGAGUCACCACUCUGUUCCUAGGAGCCUUCAUGAAAGGGAAAAGAGAUUCAACGUUUUCAGACACAAUGUGAUGCAUGUUCACAACACCAACAAGAAGAACAACCCCUUCACGCUUAAGCUCAACAAGUUUGCAGACUUAACGGUUGAAGAAUUCAAGAGUGCCUACACCGGAUCAAACAUUAAACAUCACAGAAUGUUUCAAGGACCGAAACAUGGCUCGAAAGGGUUCAUGUAUGAGAAUUUAACCCGACUUCCGACCUCGGUUGACUGGAGAGAGAAAGGUGCUGUCACUGAAGUCAAGAAUCAAGGACAGUGUGGAAGUUGCUGGGCAUUUUCUACAGUUGCAGCCGUUGAAGGAAUCAACCAAAUCAAGACGAACAAGCUAGUCUCACUGUCUGAACAGGAACUAGUGGAUUGUGAUACUAAACAGAACCAAGGUUGUAACGGAGGCCUCAUGGACAUUGCAUUUGAAUUCAUCAAGAAGAACGGUGGAAUCACCACCGAAGAUAACUAUCCCUACGAAGGUAUUGAUGGAAAAUGCGAUGCUUCAAAGGAUAAUGGUGAGAUUGUGACGAUUGAUGGGCACGAGGAUGUUCCCGAAAACGAUGAAGAUGCUCUUCUCAAAGCUGUCGCAAACCAACCUGUAUCUGUUGCAAUUGAUGCUGGAAGUUCAAAUUUCCAGUUUUAUUCUAAGGGAGUGUUUACGGGAUACUGUGGAACGGAGCUGAACCACGGUGUGGCAGCGGUUGGGUACGGAUCAGACUCAAAAGGGAGAAAGUAUUGGAUAGUGAGAAACUCAUGGGGACCUGAAUGGGGAGAGGGAGGCUACAUAAAACUUGAGAGAGGGAUUGAUGAUCCCGAAGGAAAAUGUGGUAUUGCGAUGGAGGCCUCUUACCCAGUCAAGCUCUCGUCUUCCAAUCCAGAUAAAGAUGAUGACGUCAAAGAUGAGCUCUAGAUAUGUGUACACAUUGUGUAAAACCAUAUAAAUGGUCAUCCAAUUCCUUACCAGUUCAUGUUUGCAAGCUUUUUCUGCAUGGUUUGAUAUUGACGUUUGGUUUUAAAUUUGAAUAAAAAGGUCUCGUGUUUU